GUGCCAUGGAGGGUUCGUACCUGGUCAUAAGCUGGGGUUAGGGUCCCAUGACCUCAAAGGCACGCGCUGGCCUAUUUAUACCCUCAGCGUGAUACAGACAUCCCAUCGCACCGCCUGCCGCUUAUCCGCAACCCAUGGCGUCGCUCCCCCUCCACGAAGCAGACAUGAAGCCCAAGCAGGCCAUCACUGCCACCAACCUCCCUGCCCACACCCAGGACCCCUCCGUCGUCGCAGAGUCCCUCAGCAAGCUCGUCGACCAGUCCGCGAAGCACACCGACGUCCGCCAUGGCAUCCACGCGCCCAUGCACAAGCUCGCCCAGCUCCCCUUCGUUCACAAGCUCAUCCCCGGGCUCGAGAAGCUCGCCACUGAGUAUCAUGUAGGGAACUACGUGUACGAUCGCCAGACGGGGCAGCGAUUCUGGGAGAGCAUGCCCAUCUACCCGAGGCUUGGUAUGCAUUUGUUGUUUUACGGCGGAGAGCAGCGCAAGAUCCUGCACAACAAGGACAUUGAGUCCAUCCUCGAAGAGCUCUCCGUCCGGCAAGGCCGCAUCUACGACUCGCCCGAGUCCGUCAAGAACAUCCCCUCCUUCAUCGAAACCUACACCAUCGCGCUCGACGAGCUCCUCGAGCCCGACCCGACCAAGUACCGCACCAUGAACGACUUCUUCUACCGCCACAUCAAGCCCGGCGCGCGCCCCGUCCAGAACGCUGACGUCCCCGGCGCAAUCUGCAGCGCGGCCGACUGCAGGCUCGUCGUCUACCCCUCCGUCGACCUCGCGACAAAGCUCUGGAUCAAGGGCAACGAGUUCACGAUCCCGCACCUCCUCGGCGUCCCGGACGACUCGGAGCAGGCGCGCGCGUUCGAGGGCGCCGGUGUCGCGUGCUUCCGGCUCGCCCCCGCGGAUUACCACCGCUUCCACAGCCCGCUCGACGGCACCGUCGGCGAGACCACUGAUAUCCCCGGCCAAUACUACACUGUGAACCCGCAGGCGGUGAACGAGCCCGGAUUCGACGUCUUUACCGCGAACAAGCGCUCCGUGCUCUAUCUCACGCACACCGCGUCCGGUAAGCAGGUCGCGUUCGUCGCCAUCGGUGCCAUGCUCGUCGGCUCGAUCAAGUGGACGGGCGGCGCGCAGAAGGGCAGUACGGUCGCGCGCGGGGACGAGCUCGGCUUCUUCGCGUACGGCGGGAGCACGGUCGUGUGUCUCUUCCCUGCGGGGCUCGUCGCGUUUGACGAGGACCUCGUGAAGAACUCGGGCGCGGCGGAGCCGGUGGAGACGUAUGUGAAGGUUGGAUGGUCGGUCGGGAAGGCGAACCUGUAGAGCGGAGUACUGGGCGAAGCAGAAGAUCGGACCUGGAACGGAACGUUGGACGAGUGUAGGACUAGUGGAAGGACGAGCACUUGUAUGUGGGUGUAGGAACUGCAUACCGGUAAUGUGAUUCGCUUCCUUCUUGGUGGCAUAUCUUCCAGAGCCAGAACGACGUUCGGGGACGUUCAGGGUGGCUAUGCUUGGCUGGAUGACGAGUGCAC